AUCCUUACUGCAGAAAGGCGGUCCGACAGGGAGCGUCCGAAGCAGCCAGACACACAAAGCGAACCGCCCGACAUAGUGAAUUUCAUCUCUGAUCAGCUCCCAGACACUCAUGCAAGCCUUCUUCUUCUGUACUGUGCACACUGUACAAGUCAGUCGUCUGGGAAAAACAGGAAAAAUCUUCUACACAACAUCCACUCACACGCCCCUCAACCUAUCUGGAAGUCCGCCGAUAGGUGCCUAUCUAGCGCAUCUUGCUCAGCGCCCGACGCGCCUCGCGCCCCCCGUGGAAUAAGGGACAAAUGGAAUCUAUCAUGCGUCGCGGGCUGCACCAUGUUGAGUGCUGUCAGGUUGGUGAGCUGCUUGCCGAGCCGAAAUGCCGCCUUAGGUGUCGUCGUGUCCCCAGCGGAGCAGCCAAAGGGCCGCACGAAGGACGCAGGAGAGCGGCGAGAAGAGGGUAGACAGCUCACGAGUGGUCGUCGCCGAGGCGAUCCACGGCCUACCAAUGGCCCGCAUCACACCAAACGAAUGCAUGUGGUGGACGCGACAUAAUCAUUUCCGUGAGUGAGUGGUGGACCUUCUUGCAUCUUCCUUCUCCAGGGGCCUCUCAUUGCAGUCGAUACUGCGCAGCCAGCCCGUGCGCGGCACAGCGGUGUUGAAGUCGGACGGUCAAACCUGUGCGUCCUCCUCCAGUAAGGGCACAGUCAGGCUAUCCUCCGUCAUGUUGCGGCGUGUCGGCCGCAGCUUCGUCGCUGGUUGGUGAGAGGCUGCCGCUCUGUUGGGAAGCCUUGCAGAGUACGCCGAUCUGGCAGCGGUUGAUGAUGGCUCCAACAACUGCACUGAGGAAGGCACUGCCGCAGCCGAUGAAGAGGCCCCGCCAGAAGAUGGGGUCUUGCGGCUUGAGCGGACUGUUGGCGGGACUGCUUUAGACGAUACCAAUCUCAAUGGCCGACAGAACGACAACACCGAUAGAAAUGAUGACGCACGCCUUCGCAAUCAUCACACGCAGACAGACAGACAGACACAUAGAAAGAGAUGAAGAGAGAGAGAGAGUGUUGCCUGUCUCCUUUGAUUGGUGCACAGGUAAGCGGCCUUUUCAUGCUUACCUUACGGCGCAUCUCGUUGCUGCCUUCUUACUCAGCUUCAAGCUGAACGCCCUCUCCCUCUUGAGCUCGUUUCUCAGAUAGUCCUUGUCCUUUCCCAGAUCCUCAAUGACUUUCCAGAGCAUUUCCUUGUCCUUUCUCAUGUCCCUUCUCAUAUCCUCCUUGUCCCUUCUCAGAUCCUCCUGGUUCUCCAUGUCUUUCUUGAGCAUUUCCAUGAGAUCCGCAUUGUCCUUCCGGAGAUCCAGGAUCUGCUCCACGAGUAUAUCGAUGAAGCGCUCAAGUUCUUCUCGCGCUGAACACACAAGGACAGACAUGUGCGUCGUUUUCGCGUCAAGAGACGAACGAGAGUGCGCGUGGGAGCGCUUACAUGCGCCUGGAGGCGGGCGAAAAGUGGCAUGUGGGCGGACAAGAGGCGGCUUGGAGGCAGCACGCGGGACGGAGGACUCUCCUGCUGUCUUCAUCUUCCCCUUCCUCUCGAGGAGCAU